GUAGGGCUAGAAUCCAAUUCCAAACCCACUGGGUCUGUGGAUCGGCCGUCGUUCACUUUUAUCGGACACGACGAUGACUUGACCUCGAAACGAAUUAAGGAUGCCAAUGCUCGAAAGAAAAUCCGCUCCCAUGUCAUGCGCGAUGUGCGCCGCCGGGAGAGGCUCGCAGGCACAAAACGAGUCUCGCGGCGCGAGAGCCACGCUGGUCAAUCUGGUGUGGCUCCGACCACACUCGAGGACCAAGAUUCGGGGGAGCAGACCCUCGUCCUAAGAGCUGCCUCCCAGUCCUCUGUCUCGUCGUAUACCGUCGAACCUGAAGAUGGCAAUGCUAGGUCCAAGCACCGUCGAGGGCGCCCGAUCAAGUGGAGUGCAGGCCACGAUGUCCCAUAUCAUUCUUCCCCAAAUCCGAAGUCUUUACCUACCUCCUGGUUUAGUGAUCCUUUUUCGGUGCUACCUGGUGCCAGUGAAUUUCCUGCCAUGGUGGAAACAUUGGUGUUCUACUGGAAAAAUGUCUUCGUUCCAAUCACCUUUCCCAAUGCAGACGUGAAUCCCGAGAACCCGGAAGUAGAGCUAAUGGUCCGGUCCUCAUUCUCCGAUCCUGGCAGCUUCUUCAGCUUGAUGAGCAUGUGUGCCGCCCAUCGAGCCACGCUAAACAGCUACCGGUCAGACUCUAUGGGAUCGGAAGAGAAAAAGGGCCUGAUUUUAAAAGAUCCCGAUUAUUGUAUCAUGAAGGUCAAAUCUAUCCGAGAAAUGAAUGUCAAAGUGCGCGAUCCCGCCAAGGCACUCAGCGACGAGGCAUUCGAUACUAUCGUCAAUCUCCUCACGGGCUCGUUGAUCGUUGGCCUGUUCGACGAAGCUCGAAUCCACCUCACUGGUCUCAAGCGCAUGGUGGAGCUGCGUGGCGGAAUCUUGCAUGACAGCAUUCGCGCAUCAUCAAUGUUGUCUGCCAUCCUCACUACCGACGUUAAAUCUGCCUCGGGCCUGAUGACCAAGCCCAUUUUCCCCUUGACUUGGGAUGCAGAACCCGUCCCCGAAGAAAUCCAACAGCGGGUCAGGCCGGCGGCGUCAUCGCCCCUCAAUCGGUUAGGAUCUGGCUUCUUCUCCAACACUCUGUUGAGUGCUCCCCUCCUACGAAUACUGCAUGUCGUCCGUAAUAUCAUCCUUUUCAGCGAGGCUUGCCGAUCUACCCCGACCGUGGUCCAUGUUGACCACGAUUUCUUCCGGGUGCUCAACUACGAAACCGAGCACCAACUACUAAGUUAUAUCUAUACAGAAGGACAAAGCCCAGACGAGCUCUUGCUCAGCCCAGAACUGGAGCUUCACCCGAUCGAGGCCGUCACCCGCGUGGCGUCGAUCUGUUUUCUCAACCAAUUUCUGAUCUACUCCCCUUCACAGUCAGGGCUGGGUCGAGCCCUUACAAAACAUCUCAAAGCAGCAGUGAACAAUUGCAAGCUGCCGCUUGUGGCCCGCUUACCUAAAGAAAACUUUGGGCUCUUUGCUUGGGCGUUAUUCAUCGGGGCUCAGGGCUCUCUAGCUCAGGUCGAAAGGCCCUGGUUUGUAGAUAUAUUGGCACGAACCGCUAUGAUCUGCGGCUGGCAUACUUGGGAGCAAGCCUCCGAGGUCUUAGCUGAUUAUUUCUUCAUUCCCAGCACGGAUGGACCGACCUCGCAAGGGUCAGGCUGGAAAUCCAUCUGGGACGAGGCUAUGGCCGGCCUGGUGUUUUCCAAAACGGAGAAUGCGUAA